GACCCUGCAUACUGUAGCUGGCUCGUUGGCGGGAAUAUUGUCGAAUAUGAGCCUGCUGAUAGGCAGCGGCUUAAGCCAUUAGUGGUCUUCGUUGAUCAUUUGUUCCUUGUUUCAAUCGUGCUUCCUUUUAUUCUGUGAAAUGUGCCAUGGUAUUUCGUAACAUUUUGCAUAUUUAGGCCAUUCAAGAAUUAUAUGGAGCAAGAAGUCAGUGACAUCUCCGAGACCGAGUUGUUUUCGUACUUUUUGUGGUGACGAGAAGCCUUCAAUAAUUUGUGACGAGCUUCAUCACAAACUCUGAAAGAUUUCAUUCUUGCCAGACCAGUGAGUUUGACCCUUUCAACGAUUACGAAAUCGUAACAAUUAUCAAAGAAUUAUCAUCCAGACGGGGUAUUUGACGACAGAUCCAGACAAUCGAUUACAAUUGUACUUGAUCUUUCAUAUAUUCAGUUGUUUACGUACAGUGUACUUGAGUUUAGUGCUCAGUGGCUUAAUUUCCUACGAUCGCAGUCCAUAAGGCGUUAAGUUUAUUUUUAUACAAGGAAAAUGGUAGACUCUUCAUCGUCUACAAUGAGUGUGGAUCUUAGCAUUAUGAAACGGAUGGUCAAAGACUUCACGGCCGGAGCCAUUGGAGGCACUGCAUGUGUACUAGCCGGCCAACCUUUUGACACUAUUAAGGUCAAGAUGCAGACUUUCCCUUCGCUUUUUAAAAGUGCAUUAGAUUGCGGCGUGAAAACGAUCAAACAAGAGGGAUUCAAGGGGUUGUAUGCUGGCACAAUUCCCUCAUUAGCCGCAAAUAUUGCGGAAAACUCUAUUCUCUUCUUGUUCUAUGGUCAGUGUUUAACAGUUGUGAAGAAAAUUGUGGGAAAGCAAGAUGAAAAGGAGUUGAGUGUAUUAAACCGAGCAUUUGCUGGGAGUGGAGCGGCAGUUUUCUCUUCGUUUGCUUUAUGUCCGACGGAAUUAGUUAAAUGCAGGCUUCAAGCUCAACACCAAAUGAAUAUUAUGGCAGGGAAGACUGGAGUCAAGAGCGGUGUAAUGCAAGUGACAAUGCAAAUUAUCCGUGAAGAUGGCUUUUUGGGUCUUUUUCGUGGAAUGAUUCCAACAUUGGUCCGUGAGGUGCCAGGGUACUUUUUCUUCUUUGGAGGCUAUGAGCUGAGCCGUUACUUCCUUACACCAAAAGGAAAAACUGUUGAUGACAUUGGUGCUGUAGGACUUAUUUUUUCUGGUGGUAUGGCAGGUGUCUCUCUCUGGCUUGCGAUAUUUCCUGCUGAUGUUAUUAAGUCUCGUAUUCAGAUAUUAACUCAGGGCUCUGAUAAAGUACCAGGAUUCUUUGAAACUGGCAUUAAGAUUCUUCGCAAUGAAGGGCCAAGAGCUCUGUACAAGGGUCUGGGACCAACACUGGUGCGAUGCUUUCCUGCAUGUGGAGCUCUGUUUGUGGCUUAUGAAGGAACACAGAAACUUUUGAACAAUGUAUUCACGUUACAGCCCAUUGAACGAAACUGGUUCAAGUCUCUUUCUGACGGAGCGCUGGCAAAAAUUUCGUUUGCUUUGAUUAUCCCGGCGGAUAAAAAUCCUUUAGCAAGAACUUGUGCGGCCUUGCCCCCGCCAAUAAAACCUAACGACGAAAUCAAACUCAUGACUGCCGGACAGAAGAUUACAAAUCUACCGAUCAAUUACUCGACUUGUUCUUUUACCGAAGACAAAGAAGGAAUCAUUUUCCUCUUCAGCGGUGUAAUGCAAGUGACAAUGCAAAUUAUCCGUGAAGAUGGCUUUUUGGGUCUUUUUCGUGGAAUGAUUCCAACAUUGGUCCGUGAGGUGCCAGGGUACUUUUUCUUCUUUGGAGGCUAUGAGCUGAGCCGUUACUUCCUUACACCAAAAGGAAAAACUGUUGAUGACAUUGGUGCUGUAGGACUUAUUUUUUCUGGUGGUAUGGCAGGUGUCUCUCUCUGGCUUGCGAUAUUUCCUGCUGAUGUUAUUAAGUCUCGUAUUCAGAUAUUAACUCAGGGCUCUGAUAAAGUACCAGGAUUCUUUGAAACUGGCAUUAAGAUUCUUCGCAAUGAAGGGCCAAGAGCUCUGUACAAGGGUCUGGGACCAACACUGGUGCGAUGCUUUCCUGCAUGUGGAGCUCUGUUUGUGGCUUAUGAAGGAACACAGAAACUUUUGAACAAUGUAUAGAUCAUACACUUCUUAACAGUGGUUUCCAAUUAUUGUUUUAUAUUUAGAUUUUAGCUUAGUAUUAUUGAAGUGCCAAGCACUUGAAAGCACAAUGUAAUCCAGUCAAUUAUUUUUAAUUAAUUUUCUCCUUAAUGGUGGAGAGAACAGGUUUAGUCUGAUUUGAAAGAGCACCAAUGUGCAAAAACUAAUUAAGUCAUCAAAGUUAACAAAUUCAAACCAAAGCAGACUUGUGAAGUACAUCCACAGUCAACUCGUAGUCUUUGUAAAUUAUUUUAUAUUGUUUAUUUGUGUCAUUGUUUGUCCCUUUCCCUGUAUCUCUCUUUCUUUAGGACAAGAUAUUUAACAUUUUGCUCGAGGCAAACUUAACAAAAAAAAAAAAUUAUAUCAUGGGAACAUGCAAGAAUUGUAAUAAGAAAUAAAUGAUUUACAGCUUCAAUGCAGCUUUAAAGAAAAUAAUAUUUUGGAAGAAAUUGUCCUGGCCUGGGAAAUUAUCACAAGCACAAUAUUGUGGCUUAUAUUUUUUUGAAUUAAUGCACUGCAAGCUUAGUUUAUUACUGUGUAUUUGGGUUUUCAAAGUGUGCAAAAAAGAAAUCUGGUAAAAUAUAAUAUCAAGAUUAUGUUUAUCGCAAGUGAAUAGUUAAUGUAAGUGUCAAUUACUUGGUCUAGUUUGGAGUUACUGCUCAUUUGGGUAGUGUAGAAUAUUAGCAGAAAAAAGCAGUACUUAUACAUGAGAUUUCCAUGAAAGUUUAGCCUAAGUGUGGAAUGUUGAAAUUCACAGUGACCAUUUUGAAAAUGUAUUUCAGCAAAUUUUAAUUUGUGUAUUAUGAUCACUGCCCAGAAAUGUUUUUCUAGUUCAGUAUAUCAAUCAGAUGAGAUGAAGUCACAAGUUUUGGACUGAUUAACUGUAAAAGUGUCACUAAUGUAGUUAACCUGUUAAAUACUAAAUGUCGAGAGUGAUUGGGA